AUGGAGAUGAAGCCGUCCGACGACGACGUCAACCUCGACCUGCGCCUCAUCCACCCCGCCGCGGCCAGCGGCUCAGGCAGGCGCCACCACCUGCCGCCGGCCGUGGCCGACCCGGACCGCACCUUCUCGUGCACCUACUGCCGGCGCAAGUUCUACAGCUCGCAGGCGCUGGGCGGCCACCAGAACGCGCACAAGCUCGAGCGCAGCCUUGCCAAGCGCAGCCGCGAGCUCUCCGGCGCCGUCGCCGUCAUCUCCUCCGCCGCGGCGGCGCCCCGGGCGCCGGCCUCCGAGUUCGGCACCUGGUACCCGGCGGCACACGGGCGAGGCACCGGGGAUCAGGGCGCGGCGGCUGCCGUCGUGAGCUGGAUCGCCGACGGCGGAAGAAGGCACGCGUACCGCGUACACGCGGCGGCGUCCGCGGCCGGCGACUCCGACGACCUUGACCUGUCGCUCAAGCUGUAA